AAGAGCUGUACGAAUGACGGCUUCUCGAAGGCAAGUGCGAACUGCUGUACCCAGAGGUAGGCAGGGGCAUGGAGGGCUAAACCGUCUCGGUGCCGAUGUCCCAACCGCACCUUCCUCGUUGCGGGGAGAACGGCAUUUGGGUUUGGGAUCAUGAGGUGCAACUUCCACUUGCUGUUCUUUGGGGUUCCAAUGUUAAUUUCAGUUCUUCAAAGGAGCCUCCUUGCUUUCCAAUCUUUGGAGCAACAAACCUUCGCUGUUGUUCGUCUCAGCAACAUCAUUCUCCAUAUUCUUCCAAAGAACAUCACUUAGACGCACUCCAUCGGCCCAGGUUAUCUGUUCUCGGUAUUCCUUAUCGCUACCAUUGGAGUCUCGUUCAUGUGCAAACUCGGAACUGCGCAUUCCAGGAGUGUUCUUGGUUAGUUUACGUCCAAGCCAAGACGGGGGUUCAGAUCAUUCGAAAGGUCGAACAGGCUGAGAAUCGAAACGAGUCAAUACGUUGCCAAAGUUUCCGGUUAGGUAACUUCGACUUACAGCUCUGCGGCCAGCAGCAGACUUCCAGCGGCGACAACAAGACACCGUAUCUGGGGCGGGAGGAAACAGAUAUACAAGCAGUUGUGUCACCCGCGUCCUCUGUCAGCGUGCCGGUGGUUCGGCACGGGGUUUUUGACGGACCUUGUAAGUCGCCCGGAGCCGUUCCCUAGGUGACCGGAAACUGAGGGAAAUCCCCCCUUCACCUCCAGGCAUCCGCCUUUGCCACGUUUGCGCCAGCUUUCCAUCGACCGUCUUUGCUUGCAUCUUCCUCCUCACUACCCCGCCACAAAACCAAA